GUCCCACCUCCCUCUCUCUCUCCAAGCCAAGACGCUCCAAAGUUGUGGAGCGCACCGCGGAGAACUCUCCAAAGAGUUUUCGAGCUUCGGGACUGAAAGGAGACAGGAAACGUUUGAGAAACAGCUAAACAAAAAAAAAAAAGUGAACUGAGCAUCGGAAAGGACAAGCGAAAAAGGCGGAAUGGUCCUCCAGCCGAGCCGCACAUGUGAGCCCAGAGGCCACCGGUAGCGACUUUUUAUUAAUUAAUUUCAAGGGAGACGGAGGGGAAGGUCAGCGAGAAGAGAGCGUCGUGGACAGAGGGCACACUCGUGUGGGAGCGCACUGUCACCUCGACACGAUGGUGCGUCGAUGGCAGGGAUUCAGCUGGAUUCUCCUCCUCCUGAGCGCACUCCUGCACACUGCGGCACCCUGGAGCGCAGAUCAGCGGCCGCACAGACCGAGGCAGUGCGACGCACCGACGUCUCAAAGUGACAUGAACUCCUUCCUGUGGACAGUUAAGCGUCCUGCUCCUCAUCCACCCUCCUACUUGUUUGGUACCAUCCACGUGCCCUACACGCGGGUCUGGGACUUUAUUCCCAACAGCACCAAGCGGGCUUUUUAUAGCAGCCCCAAUGUUUUCUUUGAGCUGGACUUGACUGACCCUCUGACCAUCUCUAAGCUGACGAGCUGCCAGCUACUUCCCCACGGGGGGAACCUGCAGACACUUCUACCUCGGGACUUGUACCGUCGCCUCAAACGUCACUUGGACUACGUCAAACACAUGAUGCCUUACUGGAUGACUGCUGACCAGCGUGGCCGUGGCCUGUAUGCUGACUACCUGUUCAAUGCCAUUGCGGGGAACUGGGAGAGGAAAAGGCCUGUGUGGGUGAUGCUGAUGGUGAACUCGCUGACAGAAUGGGAUGUCCGGUCCAGGGGGACACCUGUGCUGGACCUGUUCUUGGCUCAAGAAGCUGAGAAGAUGGGAAAGAGAACCGGGGCAGUGGAGCGGGUGGAGGAGCAGUGUCACCCCCUUAAUGGGCUCAACUUCUCUCAGGUGCUGUUUGCCUUGAACCAGACGCUGCUACAGCAUGAGGGAGUUCGAGCAGGAAGCCUGCAGGGCUCCUACACCACUGAGGACCUCAUAACACACUACAACUGCGGUGACCUGAGCUCCAUCAUCUUCAACCAUGACACCUCGCAGCUGCCUCACUUCAUCAACAGCUCUCUGCCAGCCCAUGACCGUACGACUGCCCAACAGAUUGACAGCUACUUCCGCCAGGAGCUCAUCUACAAACGCAACGAGCGGAUGGCUCGCCGUGUGUCCGCCCUACUGCAGAGGAAUCCUAACCAGACGUUCUUCUUCGCUUUUGGUGCAGGCCACUUCCUGGGGAACCACAGUGUGCUGGACAUCCUGAGGCAAGAAGGCUAUGAGAUCAUCCACAUGCCCUCUGAUCAUCAAGAGCCAGUCGCUGAGAGUAAACCAGCUGAAGAACCUGCAGCAGGGUCCAGUGAAGAGAGCACUGACUCAGCCACUGUGUCUCCCACCGGCUGGCAGACCAGUCCAUCAGAGGUGGAUCUGGAGGACCCAGAGGACAUUCCUGGACUGGGUGGUGAGGAGCUUCCUCACAUGCUGCUCCCUGACAGCCUGAGCCAACUGGAGGAAUUUGGGCGACACAAGCGGCCUCGCAAAGCCCACCGUGGCCAUGGGCGACCCCGUCUCUUCAGUGACCUGUGGGUUCGCAUUGGGGAUGGUACAACGGCACCAACAAAUGUGAGGAUAAUCAAUGGCUAUGUGACAGUGGAGCCUCCACUCACCCAUCAGGAGCAGCACAGACUGGUGGAGAGCUACGUCACAGAGCGACAGGCAGCUCCAUCGUCCUCCGUGUCACCUCGUCCCAGCUCAGCUCAGGCAACCUCAGUCCACAGCACCCUCACACUAUCUUGUCUUUUAGCCUGGAUCUUAUCAAACGUGCUGUUUACCUCCUGACCACAAGACACAGCGUUAUCUCACAGACAAACACUCAGACACUAUGUCGUCCGUACAACAGCAGUGGAAUGUACCUGAUAAACAACAGGAAUGACCAUCAAAACAUACAAGAGGUUUUAGUCAGAACAUGAUGUCCUAAAUUGGGACAGUCCUGCUGCUGUUUGGCCUUCACCACAGCAAGGGCUCCAACCUGCCGGAAUGGCCAAGUCUCAAAGUGUGUGGAAUAAGCUCUCAGCCAUGGGUGGAGUCUUCAAACCUCAUGAAAGUAUUACCAUAGAAUUACAAACAUGUAGCACAAUGAAGACCUGUGAUGCUGAGGAGAUUGUGUGGUGGAAUUGUCGACCUAAUAAAAUGUAAUACUGUAUAGAAAAAUAAGACUGACAUUACUAAUGAGAACAAACCAUUUUUAUAACGCAAAAAAAGUCAAAGAAUACUGUGUAGAGGGUGGUACACGCGUCACCACUGUUGUAAAUUGUCCAUUUUGUUCAUAAAGAAAUAUUGUAUAUUUAUUAUUUCUUGAAGAAAGGAGUAUAUUUUCUUGCUUUUUGAAGAAACAUGAAACAAAAAUAAACUUUCAAAACCAA